GCAGAGAGGGAUGCUGAGCGCGCUUGACGGCAAAGUGGAUCGAACGGAGCAAAAACCCUCACAGGACUUUCUUUAACGAUUAAAUUAUUCACCAGCAUCUGGUGACGCAGUCGAAAUAAUUUUGUCGUGACUUGUCGUGAUAACAAAUAAACGAACUUAUCGGGGGAAACUGGAACAUGCAUCCGCCUGACAUUCAAAGGUAAAAAUCUCCUCAGGAAAAGUUGGGUGCGCGGAAUUUAAGGUUUAACGCAAGCAAACGGUUAAAUUUGCUGUAGAAAACAGUUAUAUGAAUUGACCAAAGGAUACUGAUAUUGAAAACGAGCUGGGAUGCUCCGUGGUUUGUUUUAGUAAAGAUAAUUGUGCGUAAAGUUGUUAAACGGGGAUGAGAGUUUGAAGAGCACGCGACUCCCGCCGCUCCCGCGCGCCGGAGGAUCGAUCCUUCAUGUUCAUGGAGUUUAUAAGCGGGAGCCGCUAGAAUGGACGUGAUCGAUGAAACGGAGGCCCUACAGAGAUUCUUCGAAGGUCAUGAUAUUAACAGCUCUUUGGAGCCAACAAACAUUGACACCAGUAUCCUGGAGGAAUACAUCAGCAAAGAGGACGACAGCACAGAUAUUUGUUUCACAGAGGUUCACAGUACCCCAGGACCCCAGUACCUCUCACCCCAGGCCGGGGCAUCCUCUUCAGGGGGGGUAGGGUGUGGCGUGAGCCCUCCCAUCCCCCUGCGCCAGGUCGCCACCUCAUCUCUUGCACAGCACUGCCAGAACCCCUACCCACCUCCACCCCUGCUAGGCCUCCUCAGACACAAUUACCCCUGCCUUGGGCAACAGCAGAGUCAAACGCCCCAACACCAACAGCAGGCCCACGUCAAACCGGACCUCCGCGGACAGUACGCCCCAGGAACGCUACCUGAGUCCCCUCCGGACUCCAGCUCAGAGCCAUAUUCCCCCCAGCAAGCCAACGAUCUGCACAUGCUCAGAACAAUGACGCCCGAGAACAUGUGUCUCAUGACCAGUCCUCCGCCUCUCCCCACACACCCCCACUAUUCCAGUAUGCACCGGGACAUGUACCUGAAGCCAGAGCCCAUGAUCACGCAGUAUCCGAUUGGUCCUGUCAGCUGUGGGGGCGGAGACAUGCAGCAGAAUCAGAUGCUUCAUCAACUCCUGCAACAUCCACAAUCACCAGAUGGGAUUCCUGUUCAUCCGGCAAAGAAGAGAAAACACUCCGACUCUCCAAACAGCACUCUCAACACUCAGAUACUCACGGGCAUCAUCAAACAAGAGCCAGGUUUGUUGCAGGAUGCAGAAAACUCAUACCUGGAUCCAAAUUACCAGUGCAUAAAGUGGCAGCCGCACCAGCAGAACAAAUGGACUCUAUUAUACGACAGCAGUGGAAAAGAACUUCCGAUGCCUACCUACAGAGUGGACGCAGAUAAGGGUUUUAACUUCUCCUUGGCUGACGACGCAUUUGUGUGUCAGAAGAAGAAUCACUUCCAGGUGACGGUGUACAUUGGAAUGCCGGGAGAUCCCAAAUACGCGAAGACCAGCGAUGGACUGCAGCCGAUCGAAUGCUUUUACCUGAAACUCAACGGAGUCAAGUUAGAAGCGAUGAAUCAGUCCAUUAACGUGGAGCAGUCGCAGUCUGACCGCAGUAAGAGACCCUUCAAACCAGUGCUAGUGACACUGCCACCAGAGCAGGUUACAAAGGUAACUGUGGGUCGCCUGCACUUCAGCGAGACCACAGCCAAUAACAUGAGGAAGAAAGGCAAGCCGAACCCUGACCAAAGAUACUUCAUGCUGGUUGUAGCUCUUCAGGCUCAGUGUCACAGUCAGAGCUUCACGGUGGCUGCUCAAGUCUCUGAGAGGAUCAUCGUCAGGGUAACCGCUGCAUCUAACCCAGGUCAAUUUGAAAGUGACAGUGAAGUCUUGUGGCAGAGAGGGCAGCUGGCAGACUCUGUGUACCAUCACGGCCGGGUGGGCAUCAACACAGAUCGUCCCGACGAGGUCCUGGUCGUCCAUGGCAACCUGAAGGUCAUGGGUUCCCUUGUGCACCCUUCUGAUAUUAGAGCCAAAGAGAAUGUGAAGGAGGUGGACACCACCGAUAAUUUGAGGCGGAUUUCCCAAAUGAGGCUGGUGCAUUAUCAGUAUAAGCCUGAGUUUGCAGCCACAGUGGGCAUUGAUGCGACUGCUGAGACUGGGGUGAUUGCUCAAGAAGUCCAGCAGAUUUUGCCGGAAGCUGUGAAAGAGAGCGGAGACGUGUUGUGUGCUAAUGGAGAGACCAUCCCAAAUCUACUGGUCGUCAAUAAAGAGAGAAUCUUUAUGGAGAAUGUGGGGGCGGUGAAGGAACUCUGCAAACUCACCGAUAAUCUGGAGACUCGCAUUGACGAGCUUGAACGCUGGAGCCGAAAACUCGCCAAACUGCGCCGGCUGGACAGCAUGAAGAGCACCGUCAGUGGAGGCACAGCCAGCCUAUCAGGAAGUUAUUUUAGCAGAACAGGAAGUGGCCCACUCAAGAAGAAAUCAGCCAAGCCAGGAAACAAGAAGUCCGUCCCAGAGCAGGGCUGCCUGAGUCUCAAGUUAAUGCAGGGCACCAUCCUGGCACUGGUCAUCAUCAUGGCAUUUAGUGUCAUCUCCAUGUCCAUCCUAUAUGUGCUCAAUCUUCAACACCGUGGAACCAUAACUGAUGGCGAGGGCUCUGCGUCCCGCUGCCUUCUCUUGAUCUCUUGGACGCCCUUCCUCACUGCAACUGUCACAUUCUGUCCAUCCUUCUGUCUGUGGUCUCGUUCUGCUCUGGGAUUGGCUCAUCAGGCCUCUUUCUCCCCUCCCAAAGUAACCACAUCCACUCUUUCUCCAGAAUCAACCUCUCCAUCUCUGUCCAAUCACCCAGACUGCUGCCCUCCGACACCUGCGACAACCAACCAAUCAGCCACCAUCAGUCUGUUGCCAAGCAACAACCAAUCCACUCCAGACUCCAGCACUGCUGUCCCCACCCAGGCCACUAUUAACAAGAAGGCAAAGUCGCGGCCGCUGGACAAAGACAGCCGGAAUAAGAAUCGUCUGAGUCACACAUCUGCACCUCUAUUCUUUAACAAAUCCAAACGGCCCCCUCAGCCACCAGAACUAAGCGGAGCCACCAAACGCAUGCCUGGAGGACAACAGCCACCGCCCAGAAGACAACGCAGUUUAAACACACAGGAUGGAAAUCCACCAGCCUGUCUGAGCAAACUACACAUCCUCGAGACAGAUCAGGAGAUGAGAACACUCGAUUGUUCCUCACCUGAGAGCUGCAGCUUCACAAUGUUUCCGCGUGGUGAGAGAAACUCAUCUAUGUCACAGGUUACUGUACACAUGAUCUCUUCUGAGGUUGUGCGGGUAUGGCAGUGUGGAGCCACUAGGGGGCGCCUCUGUCCAAAUCACCCAGAAGCUUCUUUAUUACUAGAGCGGAGCACUUACACAGUGGGAACCAGUCACCUGUGGUCACUUCCUGUUAUGCCGUUCCAAGAGGUCACCUAUCAUUUCCAAGUGUCACGCUCCAAUAAAACUGGAUGUAGUGGAGAGGAAGAUGUCGUUACACCCCAGUUCACUGAGUACAGUUUCCACAUUCAAACCACAUGCUAAAGAGCUUUUACAGCAUUUCUACUUCUCGUAUGUCUGCUCGUAUCGCCGCCCCAGAUUCAGAGACUGUUAUAUCUGGGUGGACCGAUAAAGACGUCUUAUCUCUGUUUGCUCUUUAAUAUGCAUAUUUGUACAAGGCGAGAGGAAAAUUAGCAUAUUUCAAAAAUAUUUUUUGUUUUCGGCACUCAGAGAUCACUUAGCCUUGUUUCGCUGAGAUAUUACAGCUUAUAUACACCCUUCCACACACACACACACACACACACACACACACACACACUUACAGUACAUAUUAAAUGUCUUUUGAUUCGCCAAGAUAUAAUAUAAACAGGUACUAGUGUGUAGUUGUGAGGUGAUCAUGUUUUGCAGUUGUUGUUGGACAUUUUUAGGUUGUUUUAGUCAUUGAUUAUAUAUACACUGGAAAUGGCUUUAACUGAACCAACAGGCUCAUUAUUAAUUAAUGAGACAGAAAUUGUGUUAUUUACCUCAUGUUUUGUCAUUUCUGCUGUAGAGUCCAGCCAAAAUAUAUGUGUCCACUGGAGCCAAAACGGGAAAAAAUGGCAACUACAAUUAAGAGAUACAGAUAAGUCAUAAACGAUAUAGAAAGUAAACAUAUUGAAAAGUUAGCUACUGUAGUAAAUACUGUAUAUCAGGUCAUCUCAAAAAUUAAACAAGAAAAGGGUAAAACCAUAAAUAAAACCACUGGAUUUCUCUAGCUUGCAAAAACUGGAAAUAAAAAUCUCGAUUUGAAAGUCAAACACUGUGGCAAAAGCACUGGAUCAUUGUUACCAUCAUUUUAGAUAACUAUACGCUCAAUAACAAAUGUCAGGAACCAUUUCACAUUGAGUUUGAACAAUGUUACUUUAUUCGUUACUUUUCCUAACUUCCUUUUACACUGUAUAUUCUUUCAAUUUCUAUCAAUGCUUUGCAUACUUAGAAGGCCUAUUUACCGCAUGUAGUAUACAAUAUAUACAUCAAAAUACAUCUUUGGAACAAUAUAUACAGUAGCAUUAUAAUCUUGUAUAGUUUUAUGAACAUUAUUUGUCUUAACUCUAAUUGUAAACAGGCAUGUUGACAUUAAAUCACUGUUGCUCAAAGGGCAAAACAGCUCUUAAAAUACUUCGUUAGACAACUUAUCAGCUUCAUUAAACAGAACUCAGUAGAUUUACUUUACUCUCAUGGUCAUUUCUACUCUUUUUUUUUUUUGUAAAAUGUUUCCCUUCUUUAUUUUGUCUUUUUUUUUGUAAUCCAGCACUAUGUAAAUUUGGAUUCACUUUUUAGUAUUUGCCUGUUUCUUAUUCUUGUAUAAAUAACAUUUUGAUGUCAUAGAUUUUUAUGAAAUACUUUAAGCAAUAAGGUAAGCCAUAAUGAAGUCGUUGUGAGGCUGGAUGUUAUGUGAUUAUGUUAGUUGUGUAUUCACGGUGAAAUUAUGAACCGAAAAAGAGAAGUGUUUGAAAAUGUUGUGCACUAAAAUUACAAUUUUCCUAAUUUACCACUAAUGGAUAAUGAUUUUGAGUUUUAAACAGCGAAAAAAAAAAAAAAAAAUGGUGAUGAUUAUCUGAAAUCUAUAUAUGUUUUUUUUUUUUUUUUAAAACAUCACCACAUCUGAAUAAAGCCAAAAAAAAUAAAAUUAAAAAUUAAAAAAACGUGAAAACACGAGGAAGCACUUCCAAGCUAUGCACUGUAAAUAGUUUUCUUAUGUUUUCUGUGGCAUCUAAAACAAUGUUAAAAUGAUCUGUAAUAUAUAAAACUUCUUUUACAUGCUUUUGUGAGAAUGCAGUUUGGUUUUUAUUGUUAGUUUGUAAUAACUCAUAUUUCCAUGAUCCUUUCAUUCUGUUCUUUUCACUCUUUUACAGACAUAUCAUGGGUAGUUUUAAUGACAAGUAAUUUUUGUACAUUUAUGGUUUGUGCUUUAUUAAUCAUAACACUUUACAUUGAAAAACAUAGCAUGUUUUAUUUAAAACAUGUUUCAACAAACGUUUUUUGUUGAUAUUUGGAUGUAAAUCUGUGGUAUAAAAUUUGAUACCACCAAUGGGGCAAAAUAUAUAUGUAUAUAUAUACAUAUACACUGGCAGCCAAAAGUUUGGAUUAAUGUACAGAUUUUGCUCUUAUGGAGAGAUAUUGGUACUUUUAUUCACCAAAGUGGCAUUCAACUGAUCACAAUGUAUAGUCAGGACAUUAAUAAUGUAAAAAAUUACUAUUACAAUUUGAAAAAAAUGUUAAACUACUUCAAAGAGUUCUCAUCAACAAAUCCUCCACGUGCAGCAAUGACAGCUUUGCAUAUUCUUGACAUUCUAGCUGUCAGUUUGUCCAGAUACUCAGGUGACAUUUCACCCCACACUUCCUGUAGCACUUGCCAUAGAUGUGUCUGUCUUGUCGGGCACUUCUCACGCACCUUACAGUCUAGCUGAUCCCACAAAAGCUCAAUGGGGUUAAGAUCCAUAACACUCUUUUCCAAUUAUCUGUUGUCCAAUAUCUGUGUUUCUUUGCCCACUCUAACCUUUUCUUUUUGAUUUUCUGUUUCAAAAGUGGCUUUUUCUUUGCAAUUCUUCCCAUAAGUCCUGCACCCCUGAGUCUUCUCUUUACUGUUUUACAUGAAACUGGUGUUGAGCGGGUAGAAUUCAAUGAAGCUGUCAGCUGAGGACAUAUGAGGCGUCUAUUUCUCAAACUAGAGACUCUGAUGUACUUAUCCUCUUGUUUAGUUGUACAUCUGUCCUUCCACAUCUCUUUCUGUCCUUGUUAGAGCCAGUUGUCCUUUGUCUUUGUAGACUUUAGUGUACACCUUUGAAAUCUUCAGUUUUUUUGGGCAAUUUCAAGCAUUGUAUAGCCUUCAUUCCUCAAAACAAUGAUUGACUGAUGAGUUUCUAGAGAAAGCUGCUUCCUUUUUGCCAUUUUUGACCUAAUAUUGACCUUAAGACAUGCCAGUCUAUUGCAUGCUGUGACAACUCAAAAACAAACACAAAGACAACGUUAAACUUCAUUUAAUGAACCAAAUAUCUUUCAGCUGUGUUUGAUAUAAUGGCAAGUGAUUUUCUAGUAUCAAAUGAUCAAUUUAUCAUGAUUACUCAAGGAUAAGGUGUUGAAGUGAUGGCUGCUGUCUAGAUUUGAUCAAAAAUGACUUUUUUUCAGGUAGUGAUGGUGCUGUUUUUUACAUCAGUAAUGUCCAGACUAUACUUUGUGAUCAGUUGAA